AUGUUGUUUUUGAGCAAGACUGCGCAAAUUUUUGGAGAAAACAUCUCUUGUGAGUAUGAGUAUCAAUCAGGCACCGCCAAAGCUUCUAGCAUUAUCCAUCCGGUCUUGAAAGUAGCUCACCGGAUCAUUGCUUCUCUCUUAUUCCCUCAAGAAGAGAUUAGCAAAGCUAAUAAAAAAGAGCUAGAAGUCUUGUGGUGUAUGAUUAACAAGCCUGCAGAAGUCCCUCAUUUUGGUUGUUGGGUUAUUCAAAAAAUGCUCAGAAGUGCUACGAGCAAUGGUGGACAGCUACAUUGUGGAGGCAUGGUUUCUAUUAUUGCAGAGCAUCUUGGCCUCCAUCUACCUAAUAACCCAACAAACAUCAUCAUGGGUCGUACUCGUCUAUCAAUUGAUGUUAUGGAAACAAUGCAUCUCUUCCACCGCCUUCCCACUGGGGAUAUUCAUUGGACAGUAGAUGGGAAAGAGUAUCUACGUAUAGACAGCAAAAAUAAGAAGAUACUCAAUUUAGCCAAUGAUAUUCCAUCAACUAAUUGGAAACUCAGAUCCAACUUAGGUGUUACAGUUGAUCAUAGUCCUCCAUCCUCUCCUCCUCCUGCUCCUCCUGCUCCUCCUACUCCUACUGCUGGUGCUUCUAGUUCCUCUCGCCCUAUUCCUUUUUCUGAACAUAACCUUUAUAUGGGCGAGUUUGCGCGUUUGAAUCAUCGUUACACCAGUCUACAACAGGAAAUCGGGGAAAUUUAUACGGGUGUCGCUGAAAUCACUUCUGAUUUUCAGGACUACCGUAACUUACAGGAAGAGCAUUGGGCCCAACAAGAGUUGCGGUGGGCUGAGCAAGAUCAAAGAUGGGCUACUCAAGAGCAGCACAACCUUAACAUUCACCAUCUGCUGAGUGAUAUCCAUAGAGUUCCUGUGCUCCCCACACAGUCGCAGCAGCCAUCAGCAUCCCAACCCCAAUGGCCUCCCUACUAUCCUACAGAUUACCCUUCACAGUUCCCUCAAUAUCCUCCACCUGGUCCUCAAUAG